CAAUAAGCUGGCCAGGAUUUUUAACUGGUCCGUCGGAUCAACCAAAUUUCUAGUUUCACUGGUCCUCCCUAUUUUUUACUGACCCCGGGUCAACGGACCACUGUUAUUGUCAAGCCCUGUUAACCAAUAGUAUACUUAAAGCCUGCGACUAAUUGAACGAUAAGUCAUUGUUACUGAAGUGACAGAAUCAGUUGUUCCUAAAUGACACUAGACAGUGAGUAGACAAAGCAAAAUGAAUCUUUUAGCAGUCUCAAAGCAGUUUUUGAAUGGAAUGGGUAUACAAGUUCCUGAUGACUGGCUGCAAGCUUGUGUGGAAUGGAUCGUUGAAGAGAAUCAGGGCAGAGUGUUGAAUGGGGAGCAGAUCAGCUCUCAGGUCUAUGAGCAGUGGUUGCUAAGCGACCUUCAUGAGCUGGAGACUUCCUGUCUGCCUGAAGAAUGUAAGAGUGCCACUAAAUAUGAACUGAAGGGGGUGUACGCACUUCAGGUUGACAGCAUCGUAGAUGUGGGUGUGUCCUAUUACUCGCAAUCCCAGAAGCUGCAGGGAACCGAGAAUGCUAAUGUUCUUGUCACUGCUGACGAUGCAACACAGAAGCCGUGGGAGCAGAAGUCGUCCAGGAUGCUCAUGUUGAGACUGACAGACGGCAGCGUGUCUGUACAAGGCAUGGAGUAUCGACCAAUAUCUUGUCUGAGUCCACAGACAAGACCUGGGGCUAAGAUCCUCGUUGAGGGCAGUGUGUUGUGUCGCCAUGGCAUCCUGAUGUUGAAGGCGGACAAUGUUCGUCUGCUGGGAGGGGAGGUGGACACACUCGUAGAGGCAAACACCCUGCUGAACAGUCUACAGUCUGCAAUGGACGCAAGCAACGAGAAUGCAGGUAAGGAGCACAGUCAGACCUUCACUGGCUCUGAAGUGAGAAAGAACAAUACUGACCGAGCCGGUGACCGUGGCACCCAACAGAAUCCAGUUGCUGGGCCUAGUGGUAGGGGAGCCACACCAGCCAGUGCCAACGAGUCAAGCUUUAAAAAGGGGAACGCAGGGACUCGAGCUAAUGAAUAUAAUCAAAAAGACAACAGAAAACUCCAAACACACACCUCUGUUCAACCAGCUGGAAAACAGCCAGGAGGACAAGUGCAGGACAUUUCUCAACAGGACUACGAUGCUCUUAUGGAAGAUAUGGAUGACUUCAUGGAUGAAAUUGACGACCAAGUGCCCAUGGUUAAACCGGUCAAUACUACUGACCGCUUCCAUGGAAACGCUCAUCAAAGGUCAAAUGCUGGAAGUGUACAAAUAUCUUCUACAGCUGUGCCCAGACAAAAUCAACAGCAGUGUAGCCAGCAGAGUUCAAAGCAAACUUUUCAAAAAGAGUCAUGUGUUUUGCAGUCUCGGUCUGAUCUCAUGGUAUCCAAUAGCAACAAGCCGACCUCUAGUGACCUUGGUAACUGUGGGGAUGACCUAGAGGCCAUGGACUUUGAAGAUGAUUUUCCACCCAUGGAUGAUGAUUUUGAGAAAAUGUGUGGAAAUACAGAUGAAAAAGAAAAUAAGUGCUCUGUAAGGGAAAGUACAAAGCCAGAUAAUGGAAGUGCUAUUAGGAAUGUUAAAGAUGUUGCUACAUCAAAUGGGACAACUGCUAAGAUUGUUCAAAGUAGCUUAACAAAUUUUGUCCAUAGAUCUACUGAUCAAAAUAAGUCUGAACCAUCAUCACAUAAACAUUUGAAUAUCAAGGAAGAAAAUGUUCAUACCAAAAAUAUUAAAGAUGAGAAUAUCGCUUCAGUAGCGAAAGUAUCUGAAACAGUGACAGACAAAGUGAAAACGCUAAAAGUCGAAAAUUUACCGGUUAUGAAAAGUGCAGGGUCAGAUUCAGGCCUGAUUGGUCAGUCACAUGGGCAGGUGGCAAGAAUUUUACAGCUGAAGCGUCAGCAGGCAGAGCUCGUUAAAUGUGGAAAUACUGAUGAUUUAGAGUGUGAAUAUCCAUUCACCUAUCUGUGCAAAGUCAUGGGCCAGCCAUUGACCCAACAGCCCGUGUACCACACUGUCAAGGCCUACAUUUCCACCCUGACCAGCAAGUUGAAUAACGUGGACAACAAGUGGACACUGUCAUGCAAGAUCAAUGACGGCACAAGGGCAGUGGAUGUAGACCUUUCCAGUCAGCUUUUAACCGAGAUGAUUGGCUUUUCACCUGCAGAAGCAAAUACAAUGAAGGCACGCAUACGCACAGAACCAGGGCUGAAGCAAGUUUUGAAAGAUGGCAUACAGCAGUGCCAACAGAAGCUGACAGAGUUGAUGUGUUUGUUAGAGCUGGAAACCAGUACAUCUCUGCCACGCCCUAAGGUUGUAGCCACAAAACAGGUUACAUCGCACCAUACCAACAUGCUCUACAACCGUGUGCUGGCAAACUGGAAGCUGGCAAACUGGAAGGACUGAUCAUGAACUGAGAAAAUGUUGAUAUUGCAACAAGCAGUGUUAUAUUCUUAUUUGUUGAAAGCUUUUGCUUUUAAUAGCAUUUUUAUGUAAUUAAUACAAAAGUAAUAUUUAUACCCCUCUGCUCUAAACUUUAACAACCAGGUCAAGCUUAUAUAACAGAGUUAAUUUUUUAAUCAAUUUAUUAUAUGCCUUAAUGGUUAACCCUUAAAUGAAUAUGUUCUUUUGGACCAAAUUUCAUAUACUAGUAUUUGAUUUCAAUAUUGAUUUCAAAAUUAAUUUUAUUUAGGUCUUUAGUUUACGUAAAACAUUUUAUUCAAAAGGCUUGCCAUGCAGUGUUGCUGCAGGGGUCUUCUGGAUAUACCAAGGAUAUCUGACUGUUUGGAAUUUCAUCUACAUUUUUCAGUGAACAACAUUCAAACUUGACGUUUUGCGUAUGUGCAUGUCAUAAGUCGGGUAAAAUUAACAAGACAAUUAGAAAAUCAGCGUCAGUAAAAUUGCGACUCGUUCAGGCCUGUACAUGAGUCACGCUCAGGAAAAACAGGGCUUAAUGCAUGUGUCUAAAGUGUUGUUCCAGAUUAGCCUGUGCAGUCUGUACAGGCUGAUCUCAGACGACACUUUCCACCUAGACUGAUUAGACUUUUUAGAAGAGAUUUCCUUGAAACGAAAAAUUCUUAAGCGUAAAGGUUGAUUCUUGAUUAGCCUGUGCAGACUGCACAGGCUAAUCUGGAUUAACACUUUAUUCACAUACAUUAAGUCCCAUUUACUCAGAGCACUACUCAUAAACAUGUUAUCAUCCUAUAUAAAAAUAGGGCUGAACCUGUGGUGUGGCAUUGUUUUCAAGAUAGAUACCACAUAAAUAGCAGAUACCAAAUAGAUAUUACCCUAACCCUUCGUGGGCGGAGUUAACACAGCACUUUCAAUUAUGCAAUUUCUCUUUGGGUGAGAAUCUAUUUGGAAUACAAUGUUCUCGUACAUGUAGUGUCAGGGAUUAUUCCUCAUAUCUGUGACAAGCUCCAGUUUUGCAUGUAAUGGUGUUACCACUUCCGUUUAUUUAUUAAUAGCUCUCCAAAAAAAAAAAAGUUGUUUAAAAUAUUCGUUUUUUUUUAAUAAAAAAUUAUUGGAUUUAGUUCAAGAAUCGUUCUAUCAAAAUUAAAACUGUUAAUUAAUAUUAUAUAAUUGAUAACUCAAGAAUUGUUCUAUCAAAAUUAAAACUGUUAAUAAAUAUUCUAUAAUGGAUAAUAAAGAAUGUUUAAAUGUCUCCAUUAGGGCUUUUAGACUGAUUUGAAAAUCUUUUUUUAUGCCCUCUUUUCGAAGAAAAGGUGGCAUAUAGUGAUCGGACUGUCUGUCUGUCUGUCCGUCUGUCUGUCUUUCCGUCACACUUUGCGUUUAGGUUUCGAAAAAUGCUCAUAACUUCUAUGUCCCUUGAGAUAUAACCUUCAUAUUUGGUAUGCAUGUGUAUAUGGACAAGGUCUUUCCAUACGCACACAAAUUUUUACCCCUGUGACCUUGACCUUCAACUUAGGGUCCGUGUUUAGGUUUCGAAAUCUGCAUUAAGGUUUCGAAAAAUGCUCAUAACUUUUAUGUCCCUUGAGAUAUAGCCUUCAUAUUUGGUAUGCAUGUGUAUAUGGACAAGGCCUUUCCAUGCGCACAAAAAAAUUUACCCCUGUGACCUUGACCUUGAACUUAUGGUCCGCGUUUAGGUUUCGAAAUCUGCGUUUAAGUUUCGAAAAAAUGCUCAUAACUUCUAUGUCCCUUGAGAUAUAACCUUCAUAUUUGGUAUGCAUGUGUAUAUGGACAAGGCCUUUUCAUAUGCACAAAUUUUUUUACCCCUGUGACCUUUACCUUGAACUUAGGGUCCGCGUUUAGGUUUCGAAAUCUGCGUUUAGGUUUCGAAAAAUGCUCAUAACUUCUAUGUCCCUUGAGAUAUAACCUUCAUAUUUGGUAUGCAUGUGUAUAUGGACAAGGCCUUUCCAUACGCACAAACAUUUUUCCCUGUGACCUUGACCUUGAAUUUAGGGUCCGUGUUUAGGUUUCGAAAUCUGCGUUUAGGUUUGGAAAAAUGCUCAACACUUCUAUGUCCCUUGAGAUAUAACCUUCAUAUUUGGUAUGCAUGUGUAUAUGGAUAUGGCCUUUCCAUACACACAAAAAAACUACCCCUGUGACCUUGACCUUGAAGUUAGAGUCCGCAUUUAGGUUUCGAAAUCUGCGUUUAGGUUUUGAAAAAUGCUCAUAACUUCUAUGUCCCUUGAGAUAUUACCUUCAUAUUUGGUAUGCAUGUGUAUACGGACAAGGCCUUUCCAUACGCACACAAAUUUUGACCCCUGUGACAUUGACCUUGAACUUGGGGUCCGCGUUUAGGUUUUGAAAUCUGUGUUUAGGUUUCGAAAAAAGCUCAUAACUUCUAUCAAGCGUUUAUAGGGGGCAUAAGUAAUCCUAUUGUGACAGCUCUUGUUUUAGAUGAGUAUUAUUAACUUGUCUUUAAUUUUUCGAACUUGAAUUAUUUCCCAUGUCCAAAUACAUAUUCUUGGGCAUUUAUCUAUUAGCAGUGCCAAACUUGAACAAUAACUGUCUAACAUAAAAAUAUCCAAGGUUAAUAUACUUUGGUAGAGGUGUCACUUAAUAUUCACAUAUUUACUGAAUGGGCAUAAUUUGUCUAUCUCUAUAUAAGUGGAUUUGCAUUAUUUCCAUAACAUACAAAUAAAUGAACACCAAACAAA